AUGGCGGGGAGCUGGCGGUACUGGGACCAGAACCUCAGCUGGUCCCAGGAGAGCAAGCUCAGCGUGGUCGGGACAGCCCUGAAGACGCAGGGGCCCCGCUCCAUUGGACAGCCCGGCUACAGAAGCACCCUGGGGUAUUGCCUCCGCUUGAGGAAGAAGGGCGUGCGGUUCACUGUAAGCACCCAGGGAGCAGGGACCAGGGCCCCUGGCGACCAGAGUGCCAGGGCUGCACCGCCCAGGGCUGCGGUGCCGCUGAGGACCAACGUGCCGCGGAGGACAGGAGCGCGGCUCACAUCAGUGCGCCCCGCUGGUGGGAGUGGGGCGCCUCUCAGGUCCACCCAGGGCAGGAUUGGGCUGCGCUGUGACCCGCGGGCGUGCUGGACUGUGCAGACUCUGGCUGAGCCCAGACUCCAGAAAUCCCAAACACUUUCUACACAUAGCCGCCUUCUGCGUGAGUUGCAGGCCUCUACCACCACCUCGUUGGCGUCUGUCGCUCUCAGUGACCUGUUGGAUGAAGAGUUGAACUAUGGGAGCAAAGUUGUUGAGGACUUCAGUAUUCCCUCUACCUGCUAUCUUAGUAUAAUAAGUAAUUUUUUGAAGCCAGAGAAGCCAACAAGGGCAGCGAUGCUACUUAUGGAAAAGACAGUGGAACUGUUGAAGCUGGACAAGCAAAUAAAAGAAGCUCAAAUCCAACAAAAAGAGGUAUUGGAGGAAACCAGGCUGCUACUCAAUGAAAAGUUCCAUGUCCAGGCUGACACUAAAUUCAUGCUAGAUCACUUGACCAACAAAACUGAAGAGUAUAGAAAGGAAAUCAACAAGCUGUGGGACAACUAUGCACAAGAAAGUGGGGAAAUCCAACGAAGGAGACAAGAAUUAGCCUCCAAAUAUGCAAAACAAACUUUGGAGUUUCAAAAACAGAUCUUGGAGAAGGAAAAGAAGGAAUUUGAUUUGAAGCAUCAAUUAAGGGCAAUGAAGGACAUUUCUCUAGUAAAAGAGAAACAGGACAGAGAAAUGCAGACAUUACAGGAAGAGCUAAAGAAAGCCCGAGCUGAGACAAUUGCAAAGGCCUAUGCUCAGUACCUCCAGGAAAAAGCAUUACUGGAGAAGCAACUAAGUGAGCCAGACGUAAAUCUGUUGGGAAAGAGAGAAAAAAAGGAGUUGAAAAAGAAGGCCAAGGCCCUGGAGGUGGUAGCAAAGGGACUUGCUUUUGAGUGUUGCUGCGAUAUUCUCAGAGAGAACCAGGGGUUACACAAGGACUUAGCACAGCAGUCCCAGCAUUGCCAGGAGUUGCAGGCCACCCAACGCCACUUACAAAAUCAGAAGCAUCAGCUGCAGCAGGAACAGUGGUAUACAGAGUGCUUAAUCCGAGGGAGGCAACGACUGCAACAGGGUGCUCCAAAGGCCAUAAGAAUCCCUUCCUUUGGCCACAAAGGCACCAAAUCAAGGAUUAAUCCACAGUAA